UUGGAAUUAAUUUUUGUUUCUGGCAUGAAAUUGUAUCAAAAAUCUAAUAUUUGUCUGUCCCAUGAAUUUACGCACCGGUAUAGCUGCAGUGCUCGGCAAACCUGAAACCGUGCACUUCACCGAAAAUCUAAAGCAGGGCUAUCUGGAUAGCGGCGUCCUUCAAAAGACAGAUGGUGAGCACGUUUGUUACAAAGAUACGGACCCGACCUGUAUGCGGAAUGGAUUUCCGCACCACUGCUGUGACCCCGAGCAGGUCUGUAGGAAUCAAAAAUGCCAACGUUGCAGCAAAUUAGACACUCCGUGUGGAUCCACGCCAACCGGAUGUUGUAAAGGUUUACUGUGCGGUGGAAACGGGAAUUGCUUCGUUCUAAAUGUCUCCAACCCGGCGAGACUGGGUGUGCGGCUACUUGUUGCAAACAGGAUUAUCAUCAAAUGUGGUUCAGCAAAUGUGUGGAUGACAGAUGUAUUGCCACCGCGAAAAGAGGGAAGCCUUGUAGUUCUGCAGACGAAUAUAUAAAAUGUGAAGCAGGGUCCAAAUGUCAAAAUGGGGUUUGCAAAUCCGAGGUGGUGGAAGACAAGUGUUCCGCGUUAAUUGGAAUGGAUGAGUGUGGCUCAAAGUGCUUCGGCGGUGGUGGGGCAGGGUGUCGGCUAGCGUGUGACUUCGCCACGGGAAAAUGCAGCCAACCGCAACAUGGGGACGAUUGUCUCGUUUCGUUGGGAAAGUGUAAAAAGGACAAUUCCAAGUGUUGCGAUGGAUUUCACUGCAUUCCUGGGGGUCGGAGGGGACAUCUCGGCGCUCCAUGUGCGGGGAUGGCAAUGGCAAACGGAGCUGGGAAAGCUAAUUGUAUAGACGAAUACAACAAGAAGGGAUGUGAGAAAUGUGGAGGUACUUGUAAUGAGAAGCGAUGUGAAUUACCUAAGUAUUUGACGGAUUAAUCCUUUAAUUUGAGAAAUAUGCUUUCCAGUGUAGUAAUUUAAAGUGUAGUAAGAUUUUCUUGCUAAUUAAAUAUGAACUGUAAUCCCAGUGAACUAUCACAUGAAUUUUAUAAAAUUAUGGUAGUUAAAUCGUGAGGAUUAAAAAAAAAUCAUCAUUUAA